AAAGUUGGCCAAAAAGGCGGCCAAGAGCCCCGAGGAACAUUCAGUCAAGCCGCGAUCGUCGAGCUCAACGGACGUCUUUCUUGAAACCCGUUCUCGUACCGGGAAUCGAAGUGAACUAUUUGUUGUGUACUGACCGGAAAGUUCUUAUUGGCCAAGAAAGGUCUGCCAAAGAUCUCAAGAUCUCAAGCGAUCUCCGGCGCAUUUUUGUGCUUAUUUUUGUGUAAUUUGCAUUGAAUGUCUCUGAACGCCGAACGUUCCUACAAAAUGAAGCUGCGCGAUGUGGAAAAUGCCUUUAAAUAUCGGCGUAUACCGUACCCCAAGCGGUCGGUGGAGCUGAUAGCCCUGCUGGCUAUUUCGUGCACCUUUUUCCUGUUCAUGCACACGAAUAAGCUGAACAGCCGCCUCAAGGAGAUGGAGGUGAAGCUGCAGCCCUCGGAGUUCUCGGCCCUGGGUAUUACCGGCAAUCACAUCAGUGGACACGAUGCUGGCAAACACGACGAUAUCAAUACCCUGCAUGGCACUUAUCAGUACCUGAAGAGCACUGGCCAGCGAAUCGGAUACAACGUCCACGACCGCCGGAGCAGCGAAGAGGAGCUGCGAGAUAACCCAGCAGAUGGACACCAUCACGAUCACCACAAUCACCACCAUCAUGUCCAUCACCAGGGCAGUCGCCAUCCGCAGACUAAUCACAAGGCCUCACAUGACAAGCAGCUGGCCAUACCAGAAAACAAGCCAAAGAUUAAGGAUGUGGACUACGAGGACGAUGACGAAGAUGAGGAUGAUGACGAUGAGUUGGUUGGCGGAAUGCACGAGGAGGAGGACGGCUUCAACUUUGAGGCCGACUUGCUGAAUAACACCAAGUUUGCCGAGGCGGACUUUGUGUUCUUCAAUCGAGUCCCCAAGGUGGGGAGUCAGUCUCUGAUGGAGCUGAUGGCCCGACUGGGAAAAAUCAAUGGAUUCACACAUGCUCGGAACAAGGGCAGUGCCCACGAAACCAUCGUGAUGAAUAAGCAGCGACAGAACGACCUCGUUGGAGACCUCUUGACCCGGCCAAAGCCACACAUCUACAGCCAGCAUAUAGCCUACAUCAACUUUACCCGAUUCCACCUGCCAAAGCCCAUCUACAUCAACUUGAUCCGCGAUCCCAUCGACAGGAUUAUUAGUUGGCACUACUAUAUCCGCGCUCCGUGGUAUUACCGGGACAUGAAGGCCAAGCUGGGCGACCAGGCCCCGCCCAUGCCCUCGGAUGAGUUCCUGAACCUCGACCUGGACACCUGUGUGCGCACCCACGAUCCCCACUGCACUUUCAACCAAGGGGAGAUCAAGAACGCGGUGGGUGAUCAUCGCCGACAGACGCUAUUUUUCUGUGGAAUGAAUCAGAAAGUGUGCAUGCCUUUCAAUUCAAAGGUUGCCAUGCAAAAAGCUAAGAGAACCGUGGAGACUGAAUACGCUGUGGUGGGCACCUGGGAAGACACCAAUAUCACACUCUCCGUUUUGGAGGCCUAUAUUCCUCGAUUUUUCCGCAAUGCCAAGGUGGCCUACUACCUGGGAAAAGAUCGACUCUCGCGGGUUAAUCGCAAUAACGUCACACGCACUGUUAGUGACGAAACCCGAACCAUUCUCAGGAAGAAUCUGACCAAUGAAAUCGAGUUUUAUGAUUUCUGCAAACAGCGUCUAUACUUGCAGUAUGCUGCCCUAAGUCAUGGAAAAAAGUUCGGGGAGGAUGACUACCUCUUGGUACCCGAACAGCACAACGCUUCGGACGAGGAGUAUUAAUAGGAAAUAGUUUCAAUAACUACAAAUCUAGAGUUAAGCUAGCAACAAAUGUACUCAGGACUGUUUAU